ACCGUGACAACGAUGGCCACACCCAAGCCAACCCCUGAGAGCCAAAGCUCGAGAUCGCUGAAUAGACAGCUGGUCUUGGACGAGGACGAAUACACCGCUGCAUUGUCUCGUAUCAUUGCUAGAGACUUCUUUCCCACUUUAGUUGACUUGGACCCUGAAGUGCAGGAUUCUGGUGACAUCCAUGCUUCUGUUCGCCGCCAACAAGAUAUCAACAUCACACCAAUUUACUCUGGGGAACCAGGAGAGACACCCUAUGGUCUUGCUUCUGAGACACCGUUGCACACACCGCGUGGCGAACCACCGUCGAAACGUACAAGAUAUGAUACGAGCAUGAGCCUCGAUUCUUUCCAGGCCAAGUAUACCUCGGAGGAUAAUUCCAGUUUUACACAAAUCUUGGAUGAAGAAAAUAGGCAGAGAAAGGAGAGGUGGGGGUGGGCAUGGGCUGCACAGAGAAGAGUCGAGGAGCAAAGGGAAAGAAUGCUGGAAGGGAGAGAAAGGGGACUCAUUGAAGCACCUCCUGCUGUUGGUGUACGGGAGAGACGCUUGAUCGAUGCCCCUCUUGUAGCAGGGCUGAUUACCAAUGGUCAAUCUGAAGAAGCUGCUCAGGAAGAAACAGAUCAAAGUACAAGUCAAGUCGCUGUAAUAGAAAAGAAACUAGAGAUGAUAACAAAGGGUGACGAUGAAAAGGAGCCGUUGGACGUGAUGGCUCCAAAGAAAGACACUCGCUCUGCUGGAGUGGACGGAUGGAAAUUCAAGACUCGAAAUUCUCUCAUGUUCUCACCAGACGCCGAUAUAGCACCAUAUACUGUCUCGGAUUCCAAUACUAUAUCCAAAAAAGCUCAGGAAAACCCCGGGGUAAUCAAGCACGGGAAUACGCGUCUCCCUGAGGAGGAUGAAUCUCGGCCCCGUGGUCUAUCUGCUCCUCCAAGUCCCACUCAUAGCCGAGUAGCUGCAGCUAUCACUGGUACACCUUAUCGACCAAGAUCUCCUACGACAGGCAGUUAUCCGCUGGUACCUAACAUUCCUUCUCCAACACCCUCAGACAUGGGCCCUAAAGCCGUGAAACAACUUAUGACAUGGGGAACACUCAAUGCAACACCCCGUAUCUUGUCGCAAUCUGAUGACCCUGCAGAAGCUGCACCCCCUCCAAGCACACCUUUUCACCUUCCAGCACCCUCCAGCCGUGAGACAAUAUCACAUCAACUAUCUGCACGGGCAUCAAGAAGCUUGCGAGCAAAAGCUGGUCUCCUAGGGCUAGCAAGUAUCGGUCAAACUCCAAUCAGAUCGUCUACCCCUCACCGUUCAUCAGGAAAAAGUGGGUCUAUGGGCCCUCCUACAUGGACUCCCCGUAGAGCUGACGCACCGGGAAAUCUCACGCCUGCCGCAAAAAGGCUUUUGGAUAGAACGAGUAUGAAGACCGCUGCUGUACGAAGGGCGGAGGCUAUGAGUCGUACCUCUGGUUGGGAAGGCAAUGGAAAAGGAAAGGAUGUGGAUUUGAACCGUGUUCGAUGGACACCUACACCAAAUAUCUCUUCACGGGGAGGGUAAUUCCCUUUAUAGUAUAUACAAUUUCAGGAUGGUAUCUCGUGCUUUUGUUCAUUGUUAUAGCUAUACCGAGCUAUAGCAGCUGUAGCCCACUGUAUUUUGUAUGUGUCUGAUUUGAUCUCGAACCUAUGGUGUGCAAUUUUAGGAACUUCAUUCC